AACAAGACUGUGGACUGCGAUGAGGCCACAGCGCAUAUGUCUGCGAAAGGGAUGGACGAAAACUACUGGUAUAAGGAGAACAUCACAAAACUCUGCACGUCGCAAUGUUCUACAUCAGUGAACGCUUGGUUGAAGUCAGUGGAAUCAGAUUGCGCGACGGACACGAUCACCCAAGGUGGGAUGGUCGUUCAAGCAAAGACCGUGCCACUUCAAUACACACAUGCAUAUAAUGUGGCAUGUUUACAAAACAGUGCUAAAGAGUGGUGCUUUCUCGAAUCACAGACUUGGUCAGGAAGUGACUACGUUCGAUAUCAUCCUGCCAUGUGCCUGCAGGAUCAGCCGCCCGAACUCUGCAACGACCCUGAUUUUGAUAUUGACCAGAUCAACCCCUCCCUCCAAACUAUUACGGGGCUCUACAGCUCCUCCCUAUACUGUAACGAGUGCUUUCUGAAGCUCUGGAGGCAGAGGCUACUCUCGCCAUUUUUAGUCCCCGGAAACUGGACAAAGUACCGAAUGGACCAGUUCGAGACGUUACAGAAGAAUUGCUCUACUUCUAUGCCUUAUUCUACUUCUGCAUCUACGUUAUAUAUUGGGACUCCGAAUGCGACGACGCCAACACCAACUAGCGGGACGAUAAUCACAUGGGGGGUGACCAUAACCCCGACGUGCACCGGUCAAGUUGUCCAACCUCUAGCAACCCCAUUGGCAUGUAAUGAUUUAUCUGACUUGUAUCAUGUCUCUACUGGGGAUGUGAAAGUUGCAACUGCAGAUCCUUUCUGUAGCUUCGACAAACCGAUCUGCCUUCCACUUGCAUGUGAGUUGAAAGUUAUUACCAAGUAUGGCGAAACAUGCGCUUCACUUACGGCUCAAAUCUCAAAUUCAACACGAAAGGUCACACAGCAGCAAUUCUUUGGUUGGAAUCAGAAUAUUCAGGGAAGUUGUGACGACCUCGCUCUUGAUCAACGCGUUUGCACUAGCCCGCCUGGAGGGCACUGGUCUACUAAUUCUACGAUCAUUUCUCCUACAAGCGGCUCCUCGGUCUACUAUACAACGGCAACUCCGCUCUAUCCUACGCAAACUGGCUCAAUAACAAACUGCGGUCGAUAUCACGAAGUGGUGGAAGGAGACACAUGUAACCUGGUGUGUCUGCUCUACGGAAUCACCUUCGCGGCUCUUCGAAAAUUUAAUACCUACCUCAAUGUCGACUGCACGAAUCUUUGGCUCAAAUCCUCAGUUUGCGUGGGAGAAGUCACACCUGAACCUGUCUCACAAGAUGGUUUAUGCGGACCAAACAAUAAACACGCGACGUGCACAAAUAGCAAAUUUGGGUCAUGUUGCAGUGUUCAUGGCUUCUGUGGCGACGGCACCGAUUAUUGCAGCCCGGGAAACUGCUUCUCUGGCAAAUGCACAGGGCCACCGACCAGUACUACAAACGGAACUUGUGGGCCGGAUGUCGGUGGAUUGACGUGCGAUAAUCCGAAGUUUGGGCCCUGCUGCAGUAUUUACGGUUACUGUGGCGACGGUAAAGAUUUUUGUGGGCCUGGGAAAUGUUACUCGGGUAAAUGCGAUCCAGAUAUUGGUGGGCCUUCAAUUAACGGCGAGUGUGGACCGCUCUUUCAAGGAAACAAGACGUGUACUGGAACGCAAUUCGGAACAUGCUGUAGUCAGUAUGGGUAUUGUGGUAGCACGGAUGAUUUUUGUAAGGGCAAGAACUGCUAUUCAGGGGCAUGUAUAAAUAAGUAG